UUUAGGUCACCUCUUAAGGAUGCCAGUCAUUUCUGUAGGAUACGUAUGGAUACAGUGUAAACAGUAGAAAAAGUUAGAGGAGGGGCUAAACUAAUCAGUGGGAGGAGUCAGAAGAUGCACGCAAUCAACAUAACCCCCCGGUGGGAGACGUUAGGGGACCCCCUUAGAUUGCGGGAGACCUCUCUACCUACGGCGGAUCCGUGCAGCUGUAAACAGGAUCCACCUUCCUUGGAUUUCACAUGGAAGAAUCCGGUGACGGUUAUUUUAUCCAAGCCAUACAGAAGCCUCAUGUUUACAAAUCCUUUAGUGGGACUCUGCUGACCCCACCACACAACGUCGCCCACCUUUUUACACCCCUUCCGGCUUCCCCUCUCAUAACCUCCAGCAAUCUCCAAGGUUCACUUCAGCCAUGUUCCAACGCUUCACCCGACUGUUCUUCAGCGAGAGACCAGCCAGUGACCCCGUAGAACCAAAAGCCUUUGUAACAGAGGAGGAAGAUGAUGGCUGGCUAAUUAUCGACAUCCCAGAUAGCUACACCUUAACUUCAAGCAGGGAUGAUGUGGCAGAAGGCCCAACGGACAGUAUUGACUCUAGCCCACUGCCACACUCCCUGGGUGAGCGGAUUGGUUGGUCCAUUCCCCCCCUUCCACCCCAGUCGAUGGACGAGAGCUGGUUCGUUACCCCUCCCCCCUGUUUUACUGCAGAGGGUCCUGGACAUGAUGCAUUGGGAAGCAGUCCACUGGAAGACCUCCUCAUCGAGCACCCCAGCAUGUCCGUGUACAUCACUACUGGCAGCAUCGUGGUGGAGGAAGACACCCAUGAAAUAACCAGAGACAGGUCACCAUCCAAAACCAGAGUGGAGCGUCGCACACCUCACCAUGCCACCUCAGUUACUGCCAAAGCCGCUAUUUUAGAAAAAGUAGGUCAAGUCUCAAGGAUCCAACGCGCCAAAGCUGUGGUGGAUAGGCGCAAGCUAGGACGUAAAAAUCUACAGAGGCAGAAUCUGGCGCGGGAGUUCCAGGGUCGCAAUGCAGUGCGGCACCGCAAUUAUCUGUGCCAACCGAGACAGCGCCAGUGCUACCACUGAACUUCUUUUAGCUUGUUUACAUGAACAUGGGCAUUAUCUCUACCCGGAAAUCUCCUGUCCUGCCUCCUGGGUUGGCAAUACCGUCUCUUGCCUCUGCUUUCCCUUACCCUAAGCACAAGACCACCCGUCCCCCUCUUUGUUUUCUGGUAGUAAACAUACCCCUCAUGCCAGUGCUGUAAGUACACCCCAUUACUAGCGUCUUUAUUAAGGGGGGGUAACCUACACAGUUUGUCGAGAAGUUACCCGAACCCUUGAGAGUCAAUGGGGGACAUUUAUCAAAACACGUGUAAAGGAAAACUGGUCUAGUUGCCCAUACCAACCAACCAGAGUCCAGCUUUUAUUUUCCAAAGGAGCUCUGAAAUAUGUAAGUUGGAAUCUGAUUGGUUGCUAUGGGCAACUAAGCCAGUUUUCUGUUACACCAGUUUUGCUAAAUCUCCCCAAUAUUUUUAUUUCUUCAUAUUCUCACAUCCUCAUUCAGCAAAAAAAUGUAUUAUGGGGUAUUCUGGUUAUGUGUGACCCAUUCGCCAAUGGUAUGGCAUGUUGUAAUACAUGAGGGUAACUGUGACCCUGGAAAUAUAUCAAUGGCUAUUAGAGGAGACCUUUAAGGUCCAGUUACAAGGAACUUUAAUGAUAAACCAUAUUGUCUUAUAUAUCUUAUUCUCUAGAACUGAUGGCAGUCAUUAGCAUUACCAAUUUAUUUGAAAAAUCAAGUUACCCCCUACAUUGGGGGCAUUUAUCAAAACUGCUGUAAUGGAAAACUGGCUUAGUUGCCCCUUGCAACCAAUCGGAUUGCUUGUUUCAUUUUCCAAAGGAGCUUUGAAAAAAUGAAAGGUGGAAUCUGAUUGGUUGCUAUGGGCAACUAAGCCAAUUUUCCUUAGCAACUUUGAUAAAUCUCCUCCACUGAGUACAUAGGUUAUGGCGUGCAAUCUAUCCACCACAUCGGUUUCCAACAUGCACAGUGGGUUUCUAACACGUUCCCUUCACUUGCCAGAGGGACCUGCAAUGCUUGGCAUCAGCAGAAAGGGGGCGCAGGUUGACGAUGGCAAGUGGAUGUAGAUAAGCAGGGGAGGAGCGAGGGGAAUCUGCGGCAGAAAGGUAAUCCGAUGAGUAUCCCAAUAGAGCGUAUGAAGAAAGAGAUGACGGCGAGGACGUAGGGCUUCUGGGCAGGCUAAUGAAUUCCCAGUGUGUGUCGUUAGAAAGACCGCCUUCUCUAGCCUAUGACUAUUUAUUAUAUUUUAAUAUAUUAGUACAUAUAGUAUAUACUUACGUAUUAAAACAUGUACUAUUUAGGGCUAUAUAUUUAAGUGAAAUACUAAUUUAUUAAUGUAAAGGAAAUUUGAAAAAAAUACCGUCAAAUCUGGGACUCCUGUCCUAUGAGGUGCAAUACCAGACACAUCCUGUGGAUAAGAGUGGCGCUGUUUCUGGGGGGGGGGGGGAGAAAAAGCGUCUUACCUCUUGUAAUCCUACAUGACCCCUUUAAGGGCUGGUAUUUACUGAGCAGGCACCUGGUGAUUAAUCGGAGUACAAUUUCCUGGCACCGCCUAGUAAACACACGGGGUGAAUCAUUCUGUCACAGCAGCCAUACUGUCAUGGAGGAAGAGAUAUGAGAGCUUGAGCAUUGCAUGUCCCUCAUGUACUCGGUGCGGGUGACCUGAUUUAUAACGAUGGCGUCCCCUGUUGCAACCAAUCGGAUUUCGGCUGCCAUUUUAUUAAAGGGUAGAGAAUGGCAGAAGAUACCCCGAUUGCUCGCAAUGGCGGACGCCAAUAGGGUGUUCAGAUACACAACCAACCCAGCCAAUCGGGCGCCUCGUUACUGACCUGCCAUCACAACAUGUCAUAAUUAACCCUGUAACAGCUGCACUGAGACGGUAUAAUGGACAACGUUAUUAUGACCUGGUGGUGACUUACCCCGUCGACCUACCUGACAGACUUGUAUAUAAUCACUUUAAAGGUGCUUACUAGAGUGGCGUGUACAUAUUUUAGGACACUAUGACGCAUGUGUGAGUAUUUGACGGCGGUGUUUUCACAAAAGGGGAAUAUGCACCCACCAGAUGGAUGUGACGCUUCAUUUUCUUUUCUAACGGACUUCUGUAAAGGAAUGACGCGUGUGCGUGUGUGAGGAAAUGUACAUUUCUGUGUGGACUCAGGGACCCUAUCAGCUAGUGAGGAAGCUAUCUGGGUGUGCAUGUUAAACCAAACAUACCCAUCCCCCACCUACUCCCAAGUGCAGGCAGCCAUUUUGUGUGCUCAGCCAUGUGUUGGCUGUCGAUAUCACUGCCUCGGGUUAGUAGGCUACAGGUCCACCUUUAUAGCAGAUAUCAAACUGUUGAGCUGUACGUGGCUUUGCCCGUUUCAGUGGCAGACGUCUUGCUAACCCCCUCUGACACUGAAAGGGCGGCCAUUUUCUCAAAGGAAAUGAUACAUUUCUCCGUCCAUUUUGUUCUGUUGGUUAAAUCUGUUACGUACAUCUUCAUAUACAAGUUCUGCGAGAGUAAUAAUUCUAAAUGCCAUAUAAAAUGGCUACUAAAUUUCUGUAGAGCUCCUGAGUUCAAGGGCAUACAUUCAAGUAUUCCUUUAGGCGUGGUCCGCACAUGCAGUUGUGUGGCGGUUUUUAGGAGGAAAAUGGUCCUCUCUCUUUUAAAAUCUGUUCUGAAAAAAAAAAAAAAAAAAAAACAAUCUGCAAAUUUAAAGGGGUAUUCCAGGAUUAGGAAAAAAAACAUGGCUGCUUUCUUCCAGAAACAGCACCACCCCUGUGCUUGGGUUAUGUCCGAUAUUACUGCUGAGCUCCAUUGAAGUAAAUGGGGCCGAGCCGCAAUACAACACGACAGGGGUGGUGCUGUUUUUGGAAGAAAGCAGCCAUGGUUUUCUAAUCCUGGACAAUCCCUUUAAAACGAGAUGCAACAAUGCAGUGUGCGAAAGUUUUAUGAAUUUUGCUGGUUUUAUGCAAAUAAAGCUUAGUGAAUAGAUGUACCACGUUUCUACUCCUUGCCAUUUCCAAGAUCUCCACUUGCCGUCAGUGAAUGGAAACAGAGUCCUGAUAAUGUAUGGCUCACACAGAUGCAUGGCUUUAAAGAUAUUUCUAAAAAUGGAUUUCUACCCAAAACCAGUAAAUCUGAAGUAAGAGCAUUAGUUUGGUAACUUAGUUUUUUACGCAUUUUUCUAUUCGGACAUUUUUUGCAAAUAUAACAGGAAGUGCUACCAUACUGGUUGUCACCAUUCAAUUCGCUUCUCAGAACAGCAUGUCAGCAUAAUUAAUUAAUAAUAGUGACAAUGUUACCGUCCGUUGGUAAGAAGCCAGUUCAAAAAGUGACAACCCAUAUGGCCGCACUUCCUGUUGUCACUUUUGCAAAAAUGGCCGCCACAAUAAAACAGAAAAGUGGAAACCUUACUUUAUUAUUGAACUUUGGUAGCUACUCUAACUCCAGAUUUAAUAAAAUAUGGGCAAUUUUUCAUUUGGUUAGAAAUCCUCGAAAAGUCAUGCAUUUUGGUGAGUAGGACAUUUUAACGGGAAACUGUCACCAACAAUCUCCCCUAUCCAACUGUUUGCACAGACACAUAGUUGUAGUUCACCUCAUUAAAAUACAAUUUUUCUUCUGAGACUUUGUUCCUGAGUUAUGAUACUUUUUGUCAAUAUGCAAAUUAGGCAUUUGGUGCAAUGAGGGCAUCACAAUUGCUCCCAAACCCCACCCCUUUCUGUGGACAGCCCCUCCUUUGCUGCUUUGAUUGACAGGGCUAGGAAGUGACAAAGCAACCAGGGAAGGGCUGACCACAGAAAGGGGUGGAGCGUGGGUGCAACAGGAGCAAUAGUGACGCCCCCAUUGCACCAAAUGCCUAAUUUGCAUAUUAAGAACAAGUAUCAUAAUUUGGGAAGUAGCCUCGGAUCAACAAAAAGAAAAACAGCGUUUUAAUCUGUUGAACCAUAGUUAUGUGUCUCUGCAAACAGAUAGGCACAGCUGUUCAGGCUUUAACUUGGGGUUAGCCCUUUACAAGUGAUGGCCUAUCUUCAGGAUCACUAUGUGAUCAGCGGGGGUCCGACUCCUCGCACUCCCGACCCAUCAGCUGUUCUGCAGUAGCUCUGGCGGCGGGACUACAAUGGGAGCUGCUCUGCACUUACCAUCUCCGUCCACUACACAAAGGACAGACCUGUGUAGUUUCCGGCACAGAACAGAUGAUCGGCAGGGAAGUGGGGAGUCGGACCCCCACAGAUCAGAUAGUAACAGCCUAUCCUUAGUAUAGACCAGGGCUGGCCAACCUGCGGCUCUCCAGCUGUUGCAAAACUACAACUCCCAGUAUGCCCAGUCUGCCUACAGCUAUCAGCCUAAAGCAGGGCAUGGUGGAAGUUGUAGUUUUACAACAGCUGGAGAGCCGCCGGUUGGCCAGCCCUGGUAUAGACCAUCACCUGUAAAGAGUUGAACAUCGCCUUUAAGGCAAUCAGAAAUCUGGAAAGAAAAAAAAUGGUAAGGAAUAGAUACACAUGGUUUAU